AUGAGUUUAUCAGAAAAGAAAGUAAUUAUUGUUGGAUCAGGUGUUGCUGGUCUUACUGCUGCUUUUGAACUUCAAAAAAAAGGAUUUUCUGUUUAAGUUUUAGAAGCACGCUCAGUACAUGGAGGAAGAAUAGCUAAAAAUGAUAAAUUUGCUGACUUUUCAAUCGAAACUGGUGCUGAAGAAAUUCACUUGACAACAAAAUACUUCGAGUUAGCUAAGUAAGUUGGAGGUGUAUGUGAGCCUGACAAUGAAGUUGAGCAUUAUAUUGAAGAUCUUCCUGAUAAGGAAGAUGAUAUUUCCAAAGGAAAUGGAAUUUUGAUAGAAAGAGAAGAUUACUUCUAAAAGUACUAAAGAGAAGAAUUUUAUGAGAAUAUUUUGGAAGAAAAUGAAAAAUAGCUUCUUUAAGAUGGAAUGUCAAUCUUAGAGUAUAUUAAGGGAAAGGGAGAAGACUAAAGAUUCUUGAAAUUUUAUGAAUUUAUUUGGGGUACUGAAUAUGGCUCUACUCUUGAAGAAAUGUCUAUUAAAGGAUUUGCUACCCAUGAAACAGGUUGGGAAAGCGACCAUGAUAUAAACUUUGUAAUUAGAAAUAUGUCUCACUUCGAUGUAUUAGAAAAGUCCUACUCUUCAGUUUUACCUUUGAUUAAAUAUAACACUCCAGUUUAGAGAGUUAUAAUAGAAAAUUAAGAUAAUGUCAAAAGUGGUGUUCUUUUAGUUGAUGCCAACGGAAAUGAAUACAAAGCUGAUCAUGUCAUAAUUACGGUACCUAUUUCUUAACUUAAAAAUGGAUCUAUCACUUUCAAUCCUCCUCUACCUGAAGAAAAGCAGAAAGCUAUUGAACUUUUGUAAAUGGGCAAAGGAGGAAAACUACACAUGAGAUUUAAAGAAAGAUUCUGGCCUGAAAAGCUAGGCUCUUUAUUUUUAAGAUGUAAAAUCGGUAUGGUAUGGAAUUGUUCUUAUCAUCGUAGCGAAAAAGAUUUUGUCUUGUGUGCUUUAAUUUCAGGGUAAGUAGCCGUUGAUAUGAAUGAUGAAGUCAAACGUAAAGAAAUGAUGAAGGAAUUAUUUGUAAAAUUAUAAGAAGUGUUUAAAGUAGAAAAAAAUGUUGAGGAAUUAUUCGAAGAUUACAUUUGGACUGAUUACACGACCACCAAAUACAUAGAAGGUAAUUAUACUUACCCAGCACUUAACUUGGGCUCCUAUAGAGAAAUUUUAGCUUAACCUAUAGGUUAACAAAUCUUUUUUGCAGGUGAAGCAUCAAAUCCAACAUACUUUGCUACAAUUAAUGGCGCUUUAGAUACUGGCAGUAGAGAAGCAGAAAGAAUUAUAGCAAUUUAUAAGUAAAAUGAAUGA